AUGUGUAGCCAUCUUGACUUUUGGUGCGCGAAUCCGCGGACUAUUGAGGAGUGUGUCGCGCGAUAGGCUAGUCGACUGUGAACAGUUUAACUAUGCCUAUGGUUUUUUCUCAAGUUGAUUAGCCCUUCGUUGUGAAUCAAAGUUUUGCACGGUACGUAUUGUCGAUCAUAUGAAAAUCAAGCCUUGGAAGAGAGUUCCCGGAAUGCAACGUGUAUAUACAAACCAAUACAGGCUGAUAUACCCAGGCGCUGGAUAGAGACUAUGCAAAAGUGAGUGAGGGCGCACGACUCGCGCCCUGGGAGGCGAGGCAUUUCUCGCCGUAUUUGUCAUAUACGACUGCGUGUAAAAGGUGGGCGACACGACAACGGUGUACACGAGACGCGCCUUCGCGUGUCGUCCCAUACGUACGUCCUUAAACGUCUCUUGAUUUUCGGGGCUCGAGAGUUUCCUGAAAAACGACGACCUUGACUUUUGGUACUGUUUGACAGCUACAAACUAACCCUUGGUUCGAUGCCCUUCAGUGCGGACGAAUCCUUUAUAUAACCGGUUUACACAUUUUACAAUAUGCUGCCGAUUUCUACGAGCGUGCGGCCGCGACGCGUUUUUAUAACACGUGAAUUCGUGAUCGAAUGACAUUAAAAAAAAGAACUAGGAAGCAAACAGUCUAUGUUCUGUAUUCAUCUACGCUACGUUCAUAUUACCGAAGCUUAUCACGUACAAUUGAAAACUACGCUGAGAAACCAUGAAUGCUUCAGAACAUGGGUUUAACCCAGCCUUUAACAUGGCCUCCAUAAAACAAGCUUUUAAUGAAGCAGUGGAAAGAGUUUCAACAGUUAGAAUGCCUGCUCCAACACGAUUGAGGGAUCUCAUCAGACAAAUAAGGGCUGCACGGACAGCAGCAGAAGAAAGGACAGUUGUUAAUAAAGAAUGUGCAUAUAUCCGCUCAACAUUUAGAGAAGAAGACAGUGUAUGGAGAUGUCGCAAUAUUGCAAAGCUCUUGUAUAUUCAUAUGCUUGGAUAUCCAGCCCAUUUUGGCCAACUAGAAUGUUUAAAACUCAUUGCUUCUCCAAGGUUUACAGACAAACGAAUUGGUUACCUAGGUGCAAUGUUACUUUUAGAUGAACGGCAAGAUGUUCACCUUUUAAUUACAAAUUGUUUAAAAAAUGAUUUAAAUAGUUCAACACAAUUUGUUAUUGGUUUAGCAUUAUGUACUUUAGGUGCAAUUGCAUCACCAGAAAUGGCAAGAGAUUUAGCAUCUGAAGUUGAAAGGCUGAUGAAAUCGCCAAAUGCAUAUAUACGGAAAAAAGCAGCCCUUUGUGCGUUUAGAAUUAUUAGACGUGUACCAGAAUUGAUGGAAAUGUUUCUGCCUGCUACUCGCAGCUUGAUCACAGAAAAGAACCAUGGUGUAUUAAUUACAGGUGUUACACUUAUCACAGAAAUGUGUGAAAACAGUGUCGAUACAUUGAAUCAUUUUAAGAAGGAAUGCGGCCAUCGAGAGAUUGUGCCAAAUCUCGUGAGGAUUCUCAAGAAUUUGAUACUGGCUGGGUAUUCCCCAGAACACGAUGUGUCUGGAGUGUCUGAUCCUUUCCUUCAAGUGAAGAUAUUACGUCUUUUGCGAAUUUUGGGACGUAACGAUAUCGAUGCGUCCGAAGCAAUGAAUGAUAUACUUGCACAGGUUGCUACUAAUACUGAAACUAGCAAAAAUGUCGGCAACACAAUAUUAUACGAAACUGUAUUAUCUAUUAUGGACAUAAAGUCGGAAAGUGGACUUAGAGUGCUGGCGGUAAACAUACUAGGCCGAUUUUUAUUAAACAAUGAUAAAAAUAUCCGAUAUGUUGCUUUGAACACAUUACUGAAGACAGUUUAUGUAGACACAAGUGCAGUACAAAGACAUCGUUCAACGAUCCUGGAAUGUCUGAAAGAUCCAGAUGUGUCGAUUAGAAGACGAGCAAUGGAACUCAGUUUUGCACUAGUAAAUUCUAAUAAUAUUAGAAACAUGAUGAAGGAAUUAUUACUUUUCUUGGAACGCGCUGAUCCAGAAUUUAAAGCUCAAUGCAGCAGCAAUAUAGUAAUGUCUGCAGAGAGAUUCGCGCCAAACAAACGUUGGCAUCUCGAAACAUUAUUUAAAGUUCUUGUUGCUGCUGGUAAUUAUGUCCGAGAUGAUGUAGUAGCAUGUACUAUCCAGUUAAUUUCGGAAACACAGUCACAGCAAGGUUAUGCUGUUACUGCGCUGUGGAAAGCACUAGAAAAAGAUACAUUUGAUAAACAACCUUUGGCCCAAGUAGCAACAUGGUGUAUUGGCGAAUAUGGAGACUUGUUAUUGUAUGCACCACCAUCAGAAGAUAUAGAUGCUCCAGUCAAUCUGACAGAAGAUGAAGUUAUCGAUGUCUAUCAGAGGUUAUUAUGGAGUCCACAGAAUACAGUUGUUACAAAACAGUAUACCUUGUUGUCUCUCACAAAACUUAGUACAAGAUUCCAAAAAGGAAACGAAAAAAUUCGUCAAAUAAUUGAUACGUUUGGGAGCAAUUUACAUAUUGAAUUGCAGCAACGAGGUAUUGAGUUUUCACAGUUGUUCAGAAAAUAUGAUCACUUACGACCCGCAUUGCUCGAAAGAAUGCCUCCUAUGGAAACAGCGAGACCACAGGCUAAUGGCAUUAUUGGUUUGGUAAAUGGUGAACCAGAACCAGAAGAAGAAAAAUCAACAAUUCUGGAAGCGAGUACACCGCCAUCUGAUUCAAGUGCACUUCUAGAUUUGCUUGGAACUACAGACUUAGGAAUGACUUCUACAGUACCAAAUAAAAACCCACCCACUAAUUCGACGGCUGUAGUAAACAAUAAUGACCUCUUGGAUUUACUUGGUAGUUUGGAUUUAAGUGCACCUACGUCUACAUCUCCACUGCCACAGACACAAACGCCAACACAAGUAUUCAGUCCUACUAACACAACCAACUUUUUAGUGGACAGUUUACUUAAUUCAUCAUCAAUUCAAAAUGACACACCUACCAUGGUUGUAUUAGACAAAGCAGGACUUAAAAUAACCUUCAAAUUAGAAAGAGCACCAGAUAUUACUGAUCUAUUAAUUAUACAUAUGUCAGCUCAGAAUUCUGGGAGUGUUAUAUUAACUGAUUUUCUGUUUCAAGCGGCAGUUCCUAAGACAUUCCAACUACAAAUGUUGUCUCCGUCGAGCACAGUCAUUCCUCCUUCCGGACAAGUUACACAAACACUGAAAAUUGCAAAUAUGAACAAAGUACCUCUAAGAAUGAGAUUACGUAUCUCAUAUACUGGACCAGCAGGACCAAUCUUGGAACAAGCUGAAGUAAAUAAUUUUCCUCCCUUAUCGCAGUGACAACAUAUAUUAUGGAAGACAAUUGUACAUAUGCCUGUCUAAAUAAGUAAUUGAGUCUGAAAUAGACUGAAACCCAAUCUCAUGUUUUCAUCGGGUAAAAAGAAACAUAUUGGUAGAAACACAUUUAAGAUAAAUCUUUCUGAUUGAUUAAACCGAUAUUUCUUCAUACAUAGCACGAAUUUGAUAAGGUACAAGUUCGUAACGAAUUUUAAUGUUUUUUUAAACAUUCAUAAAGGUACUUUUCUGCUCACGAGCCAUAUUUUAAACUUGUGAAACAUACAAACAUAUAUCAAUUUCUCAUAUGUACAAUUUGUGUAAGUAUGUUUCAGUGUGGAAAGUAUUUUAAUAUUUUUUCUAGACACAAUAGGAUGAUGAAAUAUUUUUUGAAUUUUUAGACAACAGCGCAAUACAUACUUAUUUUUUGUAUUUUUAAACAAAUAUUGUUGGCGAAUUGGUUGAUCGUAUCAUUGAUUAUACAGGGUGUCUACGCUAAAGUGUAACAGUCGGGAUAUUUCAAUAACUAUUAAUGAUACGAAAAAAUUUAAAAGAUAUGAUUUAUUUUAUUAUAUAUAUAUGCGAUAGUGCUUUCCAAUACGAAUUUAUUAAACUUUAUUGUGUUCACCCGAUUUUUAUUAGUUUUCAAGAUAUGACUCUUAGAAAUUUACUAAUUUUCUGCGGUGACAUCUUGGCUUGAGUGGUAAGUUAUAAAAGCGGUCCUAUUGUUGCGGUGUUUGACUCUGGUUGUUGAAACCGAUAGCAAGAGUCUACGUCCGGAACGGCAGGUCUGAAGAGUAAGAAACAUGAAAAAUAUUGUCCAUCGCGGUCUACGUUUGAGGAUGAGGUAAACUUAAAAAUUGGAUGAAUACAUUAAAGUUUAAUAAAUUCGUAUUGGAAAGCACUAUCGCAUGACCCAACAAAAAAUAAAUCAUAUCUUUUAAAUUAAUAACAUAAAAUAAUUUUAAUUUGCGCCACAAUAGAGAUCCCAUUUUAUCCUGCAAUUUACAUGUAAACAAUUUUUUAUAUCAUCAAUAGUUAUUGAAAUAUCGCGACUGUCACACUUUAGCGUGGACAUCCUGUAUAAGUACGUAAAUAAUUUAAAUUAACGCUUGUUGAGCAGAUGGUAUGAUAUUCAUUUUGAAGUCUUUCAGAAUUAGUAGAAUUUAUUACUAGAAUGAAGUUGACAAAUUUCAAUGCAAAGAAAGGAAUGUAAAAUUUCUCUUGUACUAUGCUGCAUGCAUGUGAGACAUAUAAAUAUUUUCUCUAAUUGAAUAUAGAAACAUAGAACAAUAAUAUUAUAUGCAACACUUAUUUGAUCUGUUGAAUUUGUAAUCUUUCGAGCUCCUGAUUUAGCGUACCAUUUCUUGUGUAGGAUAGUUCAAAAAGUGAAUAUAAAAGAUAUACAGGACAGAGAAUAUUAAAUUCAGAGUUUAUGAAAUUGCUCGAAUAUGUUGAUGAAAGGCGUUUGCCACUAAAAUGUUGCUGCCCAAUUCAACGACAAGCACUUAAAUCUUGCAGUAAUAAUUGAUCUUUUCUACCUAUAUUUGUAAGUAAUAAAUGAACGCGAUUGCCUUGUAAAUACUUAAAUAAUUGCAAUGACAUUGAAGUGACUUAAUUCAUAUGAAGAGUGUAAAAUAGGGUUCUUUACUAUAUCUGUUUACGAUACAAUGUUCGUGUCAAUAAUUAGUAGAAAAACUGCUUGUUUCACAAAAAAUUGUUUUGAUCAAGAAGGGCGGAAUACAUAAAUGCAUAUACAUGUAGCAUGUACGUUUGCUAUACCCUGUAUUUACGUCUGUUGUGGAUGGUGUUUAUACAGUUUCAAAUGCAUUCUGAAUAUAUGAUGUCAUUAUAGGGCUGAAUUCUUAUUUUUUACAAGCAUAUACGUUUACUGAAUCACACAUUAAAUAAAAUUUUUCCUUUUGUCAUAAAAUAUUCUCAUAUAAAUUGUAUACAUAAGAGUACCUAAAAUCAUUAAAAUGUAAUUUUAUAUUGCAAUAUAAAAUUACUUCAAAUCAUUUUGAAUAUUUCAUUUCAACUAUUGCCAUAAAGGAUAUUAAGGAAAAAUUGCGAUUCGUUACUGUUAUUUCAUAAUAAAAAUUGAAAUUGUGAUUGAGUAACGUAUACAUUAAGAACACACAUAAAUAUUUGUCGUGAAUUGGUACGAGUUUAAAUAAAACUUACGGUACAGUAAAGUAUUUUACAUUCCUUUUUAUUAUAGGACUUAUUGGGAUAUGUAAAAUGUAAUGUUAAGUUUGAGGAAACUUCAUUGGAAUUUGUAUAAUUUAGCAAAUUUAAAGGUUGUAUGAGUAAACAACCUUCAUUUCAAAACAGUAUCAUAUCUUUUUAUACAUGUUAUAUCACAAUUUAUGUAAAGUAAAUAUUUGACAAGGAAUGUACGUUUAAAUCAUACGAAAGAUACGCAAAAAAGAUGCGUAAAAUGUAGCAAUAGCCAUCCUACUUGCAAGUAUUCUUUUCUCAGAUUUUAUGUAAAUGAAUUUAUGGUACAGUUGUA